GGUUGAGAAUUCACUUGCGACUGCACACAGGAGAAAAGCCAGAGAUAUGUUCUGUGUGCAACAAAGCGUUUUCUGAUCCAAGAACAUUGCGGAAUCAUGAACGAAUACAUUCUGGUCAACAUCCAUUUGAAUGUGAGCACUGUGAUAAACGAUUUCCUGCAAGAUUGGCACUACUUCAUCAUACUCGUUCGCAUACAGGAGAAAAACCCAAUAAGUGUCAUAUAUGUUCAAAAGUUAUGUGCAAAUGAAUAGCCUGCAGAUACAUUUAAGAACACAUACUGGAGAAAAACCUUUUAUUUGUAAAAUUUGUAAUAGAGGUUUCACAAACACUACAUCAUUAUCAUUGCACCAGCUUACACAUAAUGGUGUUAAGAACUUUCAAUGUAGUAUUUGUGAAAGAUUUACAAACAGUUCGGCACUGACGGCACAUAUGCCAAGGCAUACAGGCAUUAAAAAUUUUGUUUGCUCUUACUGUGGAAAACGAGUGGCACGUUCCGUCGAACUGCGAAUACACAUGCGCACUCAUACAGGUGAACGUAAUUUCAAAUGUGCAUACUGCGACAAACGAUUUGCAACUUCCAGCAAUCUUCGAUUACAUGAACGCAAGCAUACAGGUGAGAAGCCUUAUGCUUGCACAAUUUGUUCAAGAAGUUUUGCUGAUUCUCACGUGCUUCGCAAUCAUAUUAGAACCCAUACUGGAGAACGCCCACAUGAAUGUCAAAUUUGUCAUUCUCGAUUUGCUCAGCAGGCAUCAUUAAGGGCUCAUAUGAAAACACAUAGGAAUAAAGAUGAUCUCAAUAAUAGCGAUUCAGUCCCCACUGCAAUUAAUAAUGAAGAUAAUCAAAAUUUGCCUCAAAGUUCUGAAUUAAUAACACCUAGCGCUGUUGGCAGUAACUGUUCAUUAACUCAUGACCCAUUAGAUGAUCAAGCAGAUGGUAGUCUUCUCAUUGAUCAGACAGAAAGUAUUUUGAGUAAUAAUGAUAGUCAGGUCAUUUACAGCAAUACUGACGGAGAUCUCAUAUAUAACAAAAAAGAUAGCGUUAUAAUAUCGUUAUUACUACAGGAGCCUACACGUUCCAGUUUGGAUAAAAAGCAGUCGACAAAUGAUGCUUGGAAUGGAAGAACAUGCUCCAAAGUUCUGGCAGCAGUUGUAUAG